AUGUCGGGCCGGAAGCUUGGGGGAGGGAGGGUGCUAGGAAGCGGGAAGGGCCUCGCCCCGCCAUCCUCGUCGCCAGCCCCAGUCUACUCUCCCAGAGCUGCGAGCCCCUUCGCGCCUUCGGAUAGCACGUCCGUUUCUUUUCACUCGCGCAACUCGACCCAGAACUCGAUAUUGCCUUCGCCCUCGUCUAGCCCCAUUCCCGACUUCGCACAAGACCUCACCUCCAACAUCAGCCUUGCCGGCCCCUCCAAUGGCGCUUCAUCCAGCAACAGAAUCGUGUGCCCCAUAUGCGAGGAUGAGAUGGUAACGCUCCUACAACUCAACCGACAUCUCGACGACAUCCACCAAGAACUGCCCGAGGCAGAGCAAGACGAGGUCAAGACGUGGUUCGACAAGCAGGUCCUCAAGGCGAAACGGUUCCAGCCUCUCUCUCUGAUAAACCAGAAGCUUCGAGGGCUGGAUGUGUUCGAAUCGAAUGAGACGCAACCACUUCCCGUUCCCUCCGGCCCCGGAAGGCCGGUCGAGACUGUGAUCGACCCGGAAGAGCUCGUGGCGCGAAAACACUGGCAGCGGCCUAUGGGCAAUGACACCUGCACGGAUCCGCUGUGUGAGAGGAAGUUGGGCCCUCUGAAUGGCAGCGUGAACUGCAGGAAUUGCGGGCGCCUGUUUUGCGAGGACCAUACAAUGUACCAGAUGAGGCUCUCGAGAUCAGCCAGUCACGACCCCGUUCGCGGCGUCUGGUGCCGCGUAUGUGAGACGUGCUACAAGUCCAGAGAUGGAUACAACGACCAUUCCGGACUAUCCCGCGACCAUACGGCCGACUUCGCGGCAAUACGCGACAAGAAAGUCGAGAGGCAGCGGCUAGAGGUCCAGAGGCUGGAGAAGAGGUUAACCAAGCUUACGAGGAUGUUGGCCGAGAUACCCUCAGAUGCUGGCGCGAACUCUUCGAGCCUCUUGUCUCCGGUUGCGGCCUCGUUGUCGGGGCAGAAGAGUCAGAGGAAGAUGAUCGAACAAUCCGUCGUGACAUGGGAGGAAGACGCCGCCGUUUCGAGGUGUCCGUUUUGCAAGCAAGAGUUUGGCUCGUGGACAUUUCGAAGACACCACUGCCGGAUAUGUGGCCGGGUGGUGUGUGCUGAUCCCGAGACUGGCUGUUCAGGUGAGGUCGGAUUGAACGUGUCAAGUCCAGCAUCAAUACCUGUAACCGAGAAGCCGCCUUCCUCAGCCAAUAGCCAACUCAGCGUCGAUGUUCGGAUGUGUCGCGACUGCAAGACCACCAUCUUCUCUCAUCGCGACUUUUCGGAUUCAAUUGCGCAUAAACCGCCGGACCAGCGCGCCUAUGAGACGCUGCGUCAGUUCCAGCGUGGCAUUGAGAUGCUGAUGCCUUCAUUCCAGAGGACCUUAUUGGCCUUGCAGCCGCCAGGCGAAGGAUCUGACGGCUUCGACAAGCCUCCUCCCAGCCAUGCUCAGAUCCAAGAGGCGGCCAAAAUCCGCAAGCGACUUACCGACGCAUUCGCCAAAUACGACAUUGCCGCGAGGCGCAUCCGCGACAUGAAGACUAAAAAUCCCACACAGCUGCGACUCCAAAAGGCCAUUUAUUCUUCUGCCUCGAGCUUUCUCCACACCAAUCUUAUACCCUUAAAAAGCGUGCCCAAGAUGCUCAAAUCUCACGCCCCGAGCCAUCGCCGCCUUCUCUCGGGCCUAAAUGGCUCGGUUCAGCUUUCGCCGCUGCGAAAUGGCGAGCUGGCAACCUUUGAUGUGGAAACCUCUAGCCAAGGUGGUGCUAGCGAAACAAGCACAGCAGUAUCGGCCUUGGAGGCCGAAGAAAAAGAAAUUCGAGAGAAGCUUAUCGUGCUGGAGGAGCAGCGAUAUAUGGUCCAGAAGAUGCUUAACAACUCCCGCGGCGCCCGAAGGUUCGAAGAGGUGGGCUCCUUGACGAGAAAUCUCGAGGAGCUUGACAAGGAAAUUGAAAGUUUGAACAAACAAGUCAGCGGCGUGGAAGAGAGAUGGGAAGGCCUUUACUCGGCAGGCACCUGA